UUCUGAUUUUUAUUUACUCCCGAAACCCAAGAUGGCUCCUGUGAAUGUCUCAGUCCCAUAGCAAAUCGAGGAUGCGAGUAGCUGCCGAAAAAACAACUUUUCCCCGAGCGUCGCAUCCCCUGGAGUUUAAUCCGUAUGCCGCGGAGGAGGCUGUAACGUCCGCGUAGGCACCGAGCAGCCGUCGGAGCUCCGCGAAACCGCCUUCAAUCCACCAAUUUGGAGUAGUUUCGCGAAGUAGCUCUUCUCCUCGCUGUCGCUGUCUGUCCGGAGCGAGGUUCAGGCAGGCAGCUCAUCCAAAUGGCCGAACCGAGAAAAGUGCAGUUUGUCACCCUCUCGGCCUUCGCAGCUGGAGCCGCCGCGGAGUCCAGGAAACGGCGGCUGGAGGAUGAGGCCGACUUCAACUUCGACAGAGCCGGGGAGGUCGAGGCAGCGACCGGGGCAGGAGGUGCCGCCAGCAACGGUCGCCUCGUUAAAACCGGCGACAGGGACAAGGCUGCAGCCGAAAAGAGGGCGACCGUGAGGCUAAACCUGCCUCUGUCCGAGCCUGACGACCGCUCCUCCGCCGAGUUUAAUUACGGGGAACUCAUCCAGAACCUCCAGGCAAAGAAUAAUGCUCCAAGUUUGACUUCAGCCCGCAAUCCUGAUGACCCCUUCAAUGAGGAGAAGAGAGAGCGGCUCCAGGUUGAAGCCCUGGCUAAGAAGUUUGAAAAUAAAUAUGGGAACGUGGGGAAGAAGAAGAGGAAGGAUCGAAUGCAAGAUCUGAUCGAUAUUGGGUUUGGCUACGAUGAGACAGACCCCUUUAUAGACAACUCUGAGGCUUAUGACGAGCUGGUGCCCGCCUCACUCACCACAAAGCUGGGGGGAUUUUACAUCAACACUGGCACGCUGCAGUUCAGAGCGGCCUCUGAAUCCGAGGGAGAAGAAGACAAGAAGCUGAAUGACAACAGCGAGCAGGUGAUCAAGAGGAGGAAGAAGAAAGAAGGAAACACUCUGGAGGAGAAGAGCACGAAGAAGAAUAAAGUACCCAAACAGGGAGUCACAGCUCUCAGCCUCCACCGACCGGAGAAGAAGAAGAGAAAGAAGCUGAUAAAGGACUCUCUGUACCUAGCGACCAUGCUCCGCCGCUUCACCCGCGAGAAGGAAGAGAUGAGGAAAAGAAACCCCAACAUGGCUCACUCUGGCCUGGCAGGAAGCGUGGCUAACAAGCCCCACUCUGGCAAUACAACGAACCACCUGUUAUCUUCUAACUCCACCCACCUGCAGGACAACACAGCCGCCAACGACCUCUCACUGGCAGACCUCACCUCGGACCCCGCUGUGAUGUCACUGCUGGGCUCAGCCAACGAGAAGGAGCUACAGGAUCUCCUGGGCGACCUGGACUUCAGCUUGUUGGACACCGACCAGCAGCACGCCAUGGCGACGGCCAGAGAGAAUGGCAUACUGGGAGUCGGUGUGCCAACUCAUAAAGCGGCAGGAGGAGGUGGCCAAGGGCGUGGCCCGGGGUCCUCCAGCAGACUGUUUUCGCCGCCUCCGCUUCCCAAUGGACUGCCUGCUCCACUUAUUAAACGCAUCGAGGACCUGCGGGUGGCUUCGCGGCAGUUUGAUCAGGAGGGCAGGAAGAAAUUUUUCACCCUGGACAUGAAUAACAUUCUCCUGGAUAUUGAGCUGCAGGUCCAAGAGCAGCCUCCCGAGGUGCGCUCAGAAAUCUACUCCCACAUGGAGGCGUUUGUGCCGUGCAACAAAGAGGCGCUCCUCAAACGGCUGAAGAAGCUCAGCCUCAACAUCCAGGACGAUCGUCUGCGGACGCCACUUUUGAAGAAAAAAUGGUUUAUUCAAGCCGUUUAUGUUCACUUUUAUAUCUCUGUGUUUUAUUGCAGACAGCAGUCAGAGGAGGGCGAUAAGAACGGCUCAGAGGAGGACGAUGAGGAGAAACCUGGGAAGAGAAUCGUGGGACCUCGGAAGAAGUUUGUCUGGGACGACAAGCUCAGGAACCUGCUGUGCAGCUUAGUGCGAGUGAAGCUGAGCUGCUAUGAGAUGGAGAACCAGUGCUCUCUGUCUGUGGAGGACUACCUCAAGGCUUUCUUAGAGAAUGAGGUCAAACCACUGUGGCCCAAGGGCUGGAUGCAGACCAGGAUCUUGUUCAAGGAGAGCCUUGUUGUUCACAAUCACCUCACUGGAAACCUAGUGAAAAAGAGAAUGAUGCCUGGACCCAAGGCUAAACCCAAGGAGGGCCUUUGGCUCCACAAACCAUCGCUCGGUAUGACCUCCACCCCAUCUCAGCCCACCUCCACAUCUGUUCUGACCUCCAACCGCCAGCCCCUCUCCUCCUCGGAGCCCAUCUGUUUGUCAGACUCUCUGGAUGAAGAUCUGACCGUUCCCUCUCUGGACUCCAUCUCCCACGCUCUGGCCCUCCUCAGCAAUGCAUCCAAGGGUCCCACAGACAGCCCUUUGUCUCCCCCACCGCUGCAAAUACCAACCUCUUCUCCUCCACCCGUCGCCCCUCACUACCCCUCAGGCUCUCAGCUUUCUGCCUCGUUAGCACAGACAACGCAGCACCAUUCCCUGUCUAAAGUGGAGAGUGCUCCGCUGACAGCUGCAGCUGUUGUGAACUUGCCAAUAACAACGCUACCAACCUCCUCUUCUACCUCCUCUUCCUCGUCCCCGGCUGUCUCCUCCCUUGCUCACGUGCAGGCAGCAGGCCUAGCGUUAGCCUCCAGGACUGCAGACGGUCACUAUGGCCCGAUCAAAGGAUCUGGUGCCAUGGGCCAAACCCAGACUCAGAGACAUGUUACCAUGGCGUCACCCAAUCACCGGCCAAGCACAGUGAUGGGCAAGAUGCAUCCGCACCCCUCCCCCUCUCCUCCAAAGCAUCGGCCUCCUCCGACAGCUUCCCCUCUGCUGCCCCCCCAUCAGAAAGGCUUUGCUAGCCCGGUGGGGAUACUGGGAACGAUGGGAGCAAGUCACGCACUGGGAAAGAGCAGCGCCAAAUCCAGCAGCAAUGGCAGCGCCGUCAACAGCAACGUCACAGCUUCCUCCUCCCCUUCCACUCAGUCCCGCUCCAACUCUACCUCCCACCAUGGCUUGCAGUCCUUUUGCCCCCCGUCACCGGCCACCUCCUCACCCUCGCCAACCCCCCAUAACGCACACUCCGCUCAAGGAAAAUCCCACACACACCUCCACCACCAGCCCAACUUCAUCACACCCAUGCAGGCCACCCUCACCAAGUCCUCGCACAGCAGCAACUCUUCUCCCAUCAUCAAGCUAACCCCUCGGCCUCCCGCCCCCACCCCGCCACCCUCAUCCUCCCCCUCGCCAUCAUCCUCACCGUCAAAUCCGCUUUCCCAUCAAAUAAUCUCCACCCAACAGCAGCAACACCAGUUCUCUCCCAAAACCCCCAAAACUUUCCGGCCCCCCUUCAAUGUAUCAGGUGGCGGGCAGGUGAAACAAACACAGGGCGGCUGCAGCUUCACUGGAGCCCAGAAACCUCAGUCCACCACUAGCAACAGUAGCAUCAACAACAACUCUAACAACAAGGGAGUGGUCUCGACAAUCUGCAGUCAUCCGGACAAAACCCCCCAAUCACCUUCAGUCUCAGCCAGUCACGGGCAAAGGCAGAGGGUGGUGGGUGGGGCCAGCCAGGGCUCAAAGGCUGGAAAUGGUUGGGUGGCUUCAGGAACUUUGGCCACAUCCUCCACAACGUCACACCUCUCACAGGUAUCGACUGCAGGCACUUCCCUCCUGGGCAACCCCUCUGCUUUGCCCCUGGGCUUCGGGAUGUUGGGAGGUCUAGUGCCUGUCUCGCUACCCUUCCAGUUUCCGUCGUUGCUCAAUUUCAGCCCUCCUGGAGCUUCCGGGGCGGCUGGAAUGGGCACAGCACCCAGCUCCAACUCAGGAUACCCGUUAGCACAGAGCGACCUAAUGGAUCUGUAUAAGAGUCUCCAGUCAGGGUCACAGGCUGCCCUACCUCCUCACUUGCAGCUUGCUUUCUCAGAUGCGAACCAAAGCCAGGGUGGAGACAUGAAGAGGAAAUCCCACUGAACAAUAACAGCACAGGAGACAGACAGACGUCACAUCCUCGCCUCCUGGCCACAACCACCAACAGACUCUUCGGCUUGAUUGACUGACGUGAUGCGGUAUGAAGGGGGGAGGGGGUGUUGCUCCCUCGCCUCCUUUAAAAAAACAAACAAACAAACAAAAAGAGGACAUAAAAGAGUUUAUCUCCGCUACGAGUGGCAAUGAUUUAAUUUAACUGUAUUUUCUAACAAACCGGGUAUGAGAACAAGACGGCGUGAAUGACGAGGACACUUGUUUUUGUUCUGCCUUUUUUUUCUCCUCUUUGUCAACAUGUUUACAUAUGACUGACCUUGAUCACUGUGGAAUGAGUGUGAGCGAGGUGAUGGUACAGAUGAGAGUAGUAGUACACUACAUAAUAUAAUUUGUAUUUAAGCUCAUGUGGAAUAACAGGACUCGUUGUUGCAGUACAGAAAAGGAAAAAAGAAGAAGAAACAGACUGACUAAUGAACUUUUGUUUUUCUGUCUUUCGUGGGAAUCGUCUGUAGAAGUUUAUCGUCGGUCACCUCUGCUCCCACAAAUGACUGUUAAGUAGUAGCUUAAAUUAAUAUUGAUAAAUUAUUUGUAAUUUACACAGGGACAAAGGUGUGUGUGUGUCUGAGUGAGAGAGAGGAAGAGAGACUGUGAUGUGGUUGAUUUUAAAUGUGUGUAUGUACAUAAGAAACACAAUAUACUGUUAAUUUCUUUCCAGAUUAUUCUGUAUGACUGGGUAAAGACGUGUAUUCCCCUCUCACAAUAACGAGCAAGCGUUAAGUGUGACGCCCCUCUCUUGCUCGGUGUGUUUUUGGUGCUGUUAACGAUCACACUGGACCUUUCCUUGGAAAAAAAAAAGAGACUUAAAUUGAAAAAGUUUUGGCCUCCUCUUGCGGACAGAGGAAUUGCCUGUGAGAGAGGGGGAGAAACAAGAUUGUAGUCUACUUGAAUUUUUUUUUUUUUUUUUUUUUUUUUUAAAUGUUAAGAUUUUUGAUUUCCUUUAUCUGCUUAUUGACUCAAACCAACUUAAUAUAACAAGACGCCUUAGUUUGUAUUGAAAAAAAAAAUAUAUGAAAAAGAUCUAUGCAGGACUGUAAACGCUCAAUGCAAAAGUGCAAGUCGUCGCUUGGCUUUCAACCUCUACUCAACUUUGUCAGUGCAUUUCUGGAGUUUGAAUGUUUGUAGAUGCUCUUUAUGUCACUUGAGACUCCUUAUUUGUUUUUCCCCCAAUGUGUGCGUUCAGACAGAAAGCAAAGCGAGUUUUAGGUGCGGGGCGAUUAUACAUAAACGCAAAGACAGCAUGCAUGCACACAAUCAGAAGAAUGUGGGGAAAAUGUUAAAGAUGGUACACAAAACGAGUACCCAGUCCUGGGGCAAGCAGAGCCCCAGUGACUGUGACACUUCUAAAAAGCCUGCUUUGAUCUUAAAUGAGCCGGACCACUUAAACUCACCUCUCUGUCAAUGCAAAGAAGCUUAACUAUACGUUUAAUGCCUAAGAUAUCUUAAUAUUAGAAAAAGAAGGGCAAUUUGAACAAUAUUCCUCAGUUUUUCUAUGUGAUUAAGAAAUGCUGCUAUAGCAGAGAGAAAUCUCUCAGUGUGACUCUUGGGCUCAAAUUGUAAGAUUUUUUUUCUUUCUAUAAACAGAAAAAAAAUCUGUAGUUUUUCAGUAAUUUUACAGAAUUUUUUUUCUGUUUAAAAA